UGAGGACUGUAUUUCAGCUGGGCAGGAUUGCAUCAAGGCUCCCAUCUGUAAUGACUACACAUUCCGUUUAGAGGAUUGUUUAUGGUCUUCCGGAAACUGUACCUCCGCUGAUGCCGUCACAGUUGAGUGCUAUGAACCAGGAUAUAAGGGCUGCUAUCGCCUUGAAGAUCUUCCACAACUUAACGGAUUCAGCUUUGAAUCGACCUCACAGUGUGUGUCGUCUUGUAGAGCUAUCACAAGAGAGGCUCUCGCUAUUAUGACCGGAACACAAUGUUUCUGUUCUAUCGCUGAUGAUGUUAACCUACCCGAUAUAGCCCCUGUUGCAGAUCAUAGUACAUGCAUCCAAAAUACACCUGGUACUCGACAAGUUAUCAGCUCAUUGGUGUAUGACGUUUCCGUUGGAUUCUGCGAUGAGCUGGAUGACGUCAUUCAUGGAUCAUGGGAUUCAAACAUCACGUGGUUUGGUUCCAUUGUUCAUCUCACGUGUGAUGAUGGAUACAGUCUGAAUGGAGGUGGAACAAUGCAGUGUGUUCCAGGACUAUCGCCAUAUUAUCCUGUUUGGAAUGGUUUCUUGUCAACAUGUGAAAUGAUUGAAGGUAUAACAGAAAAGGCAGUGCGAAGCACUCGCUCAUAA